GAGAUGAGGAACUCAAUCGCCAAGUUGGUAGAAAAAUCUGCGGAUGGCAGAUGAGUUGUUGGAGUACCUCAAGUCUCUACGAGCCCCAAAAUCUGAAGGAGUUGACGAGUAGUGCUGGAGAGGAUGUUAUUCUUGCAAUGAACACCUUUAUUAAGCGACUUUUAGCUGUUGCAGAUCUGGAACAAAUGAAGACAAGCAUAACAGAGACCAGUGCAGCAGAACUUGCCAAACUGCUUUAUUGGCUAAUGGUGGUUGGGUACAGCAUUCGCUACAUUGAAGUUCGAUUUGAUAUGGAAAGAGUGCUUGGUACACCAUCAAAGCUUGCAGAGUUACCUCCCGGAGAAAACAUUUAAUCACUUGCAUGCAUGGAAGUACCAAAAAUAUACGUUAUGACAUUGGUAGAGCACAAUAAUCUACUGCUGGAUUGA